GCAGAACCGCGCGCUCACAUCAUACAUUCUUCUAGUUCCGUAGCUCGCGGCACCCAUCUAAGCAACGAAAACAGCAACAUACGUUCACAAUGGCUGAGGUGGAAGAGACGAUCAAAAGGAUUCAGAGUCAGAAAGGAGUACAAGGAAUCAUCAUUGUUAAUGCAGAAGGCAUCCCCAUCAAAAGCACUCUUGACAACUCGAGCACAGUUCAGUAUGCUGGUAAUGUCCACCAGCUGCUCAUGAAAGCUCGGGGAAUGGUGAGGGACAUUGACCCUCAAAAUGAUCUCACCUUUCUCAGGGUUCGAUCAAAGAAGAAUGAGAUCAUGAUUGCCCCAGAUAAAGACUAUUUCCUGAUCGUCAUUCAAAAUCCUACAGAGUAGUUCUGAAUUCUUCAUAGAUGUUGCUGUAGUAUUUUUCCUUUUUGAAUUAUUUGCCAAAAGUGUUUCAUUUCAUGUUCUAGUUCAGUUUAUACUGCUCUUGCUUAUCAUUCCAGGAUUUUGCUCUUUGUGUUGUAAUUUAUUGUUCUCUCAUAUUCUCUCUUUUGCAAAUUCACCAUCUGUUCAUCACCUCUACGUAUCAACAUGACACUGACAUACUGUACUUGUUUAUUCUUAAAAAAAGGACAAUAAAACAAUAAUGCAUUUCCUUUCA